AUGGCCCUUUCAUCCUUGGUAAAGGUCGAUGAGCCACUCGACUUUCAGAAGGUGUUGUGGAGUUCCUUCUCGUGCAGGGGAUAUAUCUUUCUUCUUAGUGACGUCACUCCUCUCUUGACCUUUGCUGACCUCGGUGAUUAUGUGUGGGACUACGACGGAAGCUUCAUAUGCUUCACUCACUUGAGAAUCACAUUAGCAUUUUCCUUUCCUGAUGCCUUUCAUACGUGUAAGCUGUUUGUCAAAUUAAUAUACCUUUCCAUGAGAAACUUUCGCAACUUUAAACCUGCUCAGAGCACCAACAGAAGUUGUAGUAAUAGGUACCUGGUAAUUGGAUCUUCAAAGUCGGAAUUGCAGGCUCUCUCGUCGACUAAGAAGGGCAGGAAAACAGAGUGCUUAACAGGCGUCGUGAAGGUAAAGUCCAGCUUCUUGUUACGACAAGGAAUGCACAAAGUGGUAACGUUUCCCUGGGAGCCAAGUGUUAUCUAUAAAGAAGGCAAGAAAGAUGGAACCCAAGUUCGAUACGGGAGAGACAUAGGGGUGGUCGAGACUUUGGCAAAAGCUAUGAAUUUCACUCUUACGUACACCGAGCCUCCUGAAGGAGAGCUGUGGGGGAACAGGCUGGAGGACGGCUCGUGGACCGGCCUGUUCGGGUUCCUGGAGCGAGGCGACGCGGACAUCGGCGUCGGAAACACCUUCGUCUCGAACGUCAACGGCCGCCUGGACGUCGUCGAGUUCAGUUCGCCUUACGACGCGGAUGUCAGCUGCUUCUUGGGCACGCGACCCCCACCGCUUCCGAGAUGGCAGAGGAUUCUGUAUCCCUUCCAGCUGUCGACGUGGGUGGCCUUCCUUGUGGGACUCCUUCUGAGCGGCCCCGUGCUCUGCUUCCUCGCCCGCGCCUGGGAUGUCAGAAACGAGGAACACAGCAGUAUCAAGUCCUUCCUCAACGCCUCCCUGUACACCUUCGGCCUCCACCUAAGGGAACCGCAAGCCUACCUCCCCAGCAGGAGGAGCACGCAAGUCUUCGUCAGUUUCCUUUGGAUGUAUACCAUCAUUAUCAUCACGGGUUAUUGCUCUAAUCUCACGGCCUUCCUGACGGUGGCGAGACAACCGCCCUCCAUCGACACCGUCAAGGAGCUCUAUGCCUCGGGCCUCAACGUCGCGGGUCUCGGCUACUUCUUCGGGAAGGCGCUGCAACUGUCCUCGAACCAGUAUCUGAGGGGCCUCGCAGAGAGGUACGAAGUCCACACCCACUACGAGGACAUCUGGACGGAAGUGCGACGCGGAACUGCUGUCAACCUGGAGUCCCGGAAGACACUGCAGUACCUGGUCACGACGCAGCUUACCUCCCGAGGCAUCACAUCCAUGCGGAUUAUCAAGGAAUGCUUUUCCCCUCACGAGAUCGGAGUGACGGUCCAGCGCGGUUCUCCCCUCAGGAGGAAGUUCGACAUGUGGGUCUUGCGGAUGGUGGAGGCUGGACUCAUCGAGCACUGGUUCCUGGACUCGCUCAGGAUAGCCAAGAAGGUGGCGUUUUUGCGCUCGUUAUCUAUCUGCCUGUCUGUUUGUCUUGUUGUCUCUUUUAUCUGUCUGCUUGUCUUGUUUUCUCUUUUAUCUAUCUGCCUAUCUGUUUGUCCUGUUCUGUCUUUGAUCUCUCUGCCUGUCUGUUUUGACGCAGUGGAGAACCAGAAAAGCAAUAACACGAAAACAGGAAGCGGGAAAGAAGCCACGACCGAGGGAGAGGAGGAAGAGCAAGUGGCAGUCGCAGGAGUUCGAUCCCGUUCCAUUAACCUCGACCACAUGCAAGGAGUCUUCUUCGUGCUGUUCUUGGGCUAUGUGGCUUCCGGUCUCAUCUUCGCCGGGGAAGUUGUCUUGGCCAAGAAACGCGCGGGAGACGAUCCCGGUUUCGACUGAUUCUCGACUCUCGUUUUUGGAUUCGGGAAAGCCGUUCGCGGAUUCUCGACCUAUAUUUUUAGGGUUCGUGGAUUCUCGACUUUCAUUUGCGGAUUCGAGAAAGCCUUUCGCGGAAUACCGCUUCAAUCAGGGACUUGGCUUUAUAAUCACACUCAGAGAAGACUUGCAAUACGCUAGACUUAUGCACGUAAAGAGGAAUUAUUAGACAACCAUAUGCAAAUUAAUAAAGUUAGUUGGGUCUCACUAAAGCACACUUACUUAGAAAGAAGAGAAAUAUCACACUAACUCACAUAAACAUUUUUGGAGCAAAGUGUAGUGUCUUGUACGCAAAUUGAUAACAACAAGCAUACUUUAAGCAAACCCAGUCACCUUCAGUUUACUACAUGCACAGAUAUCCCCUAAACGAAUACACAGGAGAGAAUAGGAAAAAAUAUUCUAAAAUACAAAAAAGACUACAUAUUCCUCAGACAAACGCACAUAAAGCAUAAACAUGCACGUUAAUAUACCGCUAUAUCAACUGUAUAGUUUCAUGCCCCAUUGAAAUGCUUUUUGUUGAAUAUUCGCAAGACGCGAAUAUCAUUUAAUUUCAUUGCACUGUAGUUAUAUAAGUGUAAGAACUCCAUGCCAUGUAAAAGUAGUCAUAAUA